AUGACAAACGUCAUUUGCUGACUCCUUUCGUAUAUUUUCGUUAUUUCUCGGGCUUGAGUAGGUUUCCUGAGGCUGCUGUGCCGUAUACGAAUUAUUUUAUGUUUCAUGAAUUAAAUUACAUACGGCAAAUAAUUUUAAUUCGAAUGAUUAUAUCAUUUAUAUUAUGAAGAAUGGAAUGUACGCAUUUGUUAGAUAACGUCAAGUUGGACACCAAUUUCAUCGUCGAGGACACCACAAUCACAAAGAACUUCAAUUGUUCAGGUACAUACCUACUCUAUUGAUGAUUGAAAUGGACUUCAAUGACAGUACUUUUAACUAAUGUUUCAUCUAUAAACAUCUUCAAGAGAUGAAAUUAUUAUUGAUCUUUAACUCAUACCUGGCCAACCUUUUUGUUCUGUGAUUUAAUGUGCAGUGAAAGAUCAAAACUGGUUGUGUCUUCAUUGUGGGGUGGUGAAUUGUGGGCGCUAUGUCAAUGGACAUGCCAAGCUGCAUGCUGAGACUGCAGAACACCAGCUGUGCAUGAGUUGUGAUGUUUUUUCAGUUUACUGCUAUAAAUGUGAUGACUAUGUAUCAAAUGACACUGAGCAUCAGUUAAUAGAUAAAAUAAGGCAAUGUAUUAUGCAAACUAGGAAUGAUAAUGAAGCAGACACAAAUAGUAAUAUCCAACAAAUUGAGGAAAACAGUAAGGAAGGUAGUGAAGCAGGCAACAGCUCUAUAUCCAACACGUCGAAUAAUGUAACUGAAAAUCCCGUUUCGACAAAUGGUGAUAAAGAUGAUGGUGGAAUAGCUGAAGUCACACCAAACAGUUCUUUUAGCGACAUACUUGCCACAGGCAAUAUAACUCCAGACACCAGUGAUAGUAAAUCUUCAAAAAGUGCAAAGAGUUCAGAUGACCCAGUGCGCAGCUUAAGACCCCGUUCUCGUAAAAGAUCUCACUCUGAAGACAGUAGUUCAGCAGAGAAUUCCCAAAUCGGUAGAAGUAAGGAAAAAAAGGUCUCACCAUGCAAUGGCAAGAGCCAGAGAGAAAAGAAAGUUGUAGGUUUAAAAAAUUUAGGUAAUACAUGUUUCAUGAAUGCUGUGCUACAGAGUCUGAACAAUAUACAGGAAUUUAGUUGCUACUUUAGCCAGCUGCCAUCUUUGGAAUUGAAGACUAACGGUCGGAAAGUUUAUCAUUCUAGAAGCUACACGCGGCAGGAAAUGCAUGACGUCGUUAUGGCCGAGGAAUUGAGAAAGGUUCUGAUAAACCUGAACAGCGGCUGCGGGUCUAAAGCGGCCAUUUCUCCCGAGUGCCUGUUCCUGGUGAUCUGGAAAGUGGUCCCGAGGUUCAGGGGUUACCAGCAGCAAGACGCCCACGAAUUCCUGCGCUACAUGCUCGACAGACUACACACGGAGCUGCAGCAGCUGCUGCCGCCGGACCGUGCGGACGGGCUCGUGUCCCGCGCACCGUCCGCCUCCAUCGUCACCGCCGUGUUCGGCGGCACCUUACAGAGUGAGGUCCGCUGCCUGGCGUGCGGCACGGAGAGCAAGAAGCUGGACCCGUUCCUGGACCUGUCGCUGGAGCUGCCGGACGCGGGCCGCCACGACGCGCCCGUGCCGCUCGCCGACUGUCUCGCCAGCUUCGUACAGGUGGAAGAGUUAGCGGAAACGGAGCGCUACUUCUGCAGCAGCUGCAAGUGCAAACAGAAGUCCAGCAAGCAGUUCUGGAUCCGGAGGUUGCCCAAUGUGCUGUGUUUGCAUCUCAAGCGGUUCCGCUGGCACAACUACUUCAGAACAAAAGUGGAUACAGCGAUAUCGUUCCCGCUGCAGUCGCUAGACAUGUCCGGGUUCGUGCUCAGCAACCUGCGGGACACGCGGCGCUCCAGGCUCUCCAACCAGCUGUACGACCUAGCUGCCGUCAUCGUGCACCAUGGCUCCGGUGCCGGGUCCGGGCACUACACAGCGUUCGCGAUCAACAACUCCCAGUGGUUCCACUUCAACGACCAAACAGUGCGGGCGACGGACGCGGACGCAGUCGCCGGCUGCAAGCCUUACAUCCUGUUCUACAUACGACAGGAACCAACUCUGCCUCAAUCGUGACACUACAGGACGUAACUGCAAGAUGAUAAUAGCCGCCAUGAAGAAUAGCCGACUUGGUUUAUAAAAGUCGUUUAUCGAACAAGCAAGCUGAAAGGUAAAAAAGCAUUUGUUUAAUACUUACACUCUUAUUUCAACUGUCUGUUCUCAGCUGCAUUCGCCGCGAAACUUGUGGUCAGCGUAGAAAGAAAUAUAAUGACAUUAUGACAUGUAAUAUUGUACAUUAUUCUGAGUAGGUGCAACAAAUUACUUAAAUUUAAAAUACGCCAGCAAAGAAAGUGAUGUUACAUACGAUUUUCGAAAUGAAUUAUUAUGCAGGCGUAAAAUCUUAGUGUCAGUCCAAGACACUGAGGGUUGUGGUGCCAAUAUCAAGGUCGAUGAAAAACUAUUUGAAUUAAUAAACUGUGGUAGCUACUAAGAAUUUGCGCCUAUACGUAGCUCUAUAGAACGACAAGUAUACUUGGUCCUGCGAAAUUGAUCUUUAUGUUCUGCGCUUGAGAGUCUAAUGAUACUUGACAUAGUAAACGUAGCCUCCAAAAUAAAUAAGGCCUCUUGCAAUAAAUAAGACCUUAAAGUAUUACAAGUCACAUUUGAAACAAGAUCAUGGCACAUUUCUAACGCACAGCUCUCACCUGGCAAGAAGAUGUUCAUUGAAAAGUAAACCUUAAAGCCUCUUCUGUAGACAUAACUUUACAUUGACAACCAAUUAGCGGACUACUCGCUGUCAGCUCUUGUCUUGUCAAUGUAAAGUAUGUCUAUAGAGGACGGUUUAAAGCUCAUUUUUCAAUGAACGUCAUCUUGACGGAUGAGCGGUGCAGUAGAAGUGUGCUAUGAUUUUUAUAGAACAAUACUUGAAAAGUAAAAUGUGCAAAUAAUCACAAAGCCACAUUAGAAUUGAAUUCACAUAAACUCUAGACAUGAGACGCAAUAUACGCAAUAUCUUCUAUGCAUAUUAUACGAAAGUUUUAUAAAGCUGCACGCUACGGAAUACCGUCUUAACCUAUUAUCAAAAAAAUCCAACAUAAACUAAUUUUGUUAAAAAUAUUUUGUCUCGUUCUUCCAAUGUAAAUUAUUAUUGGAAAUAGGCACAAAACAUAUUUUAACUAUUAGUUUAAAGUAUUUGUUUGCUUUUAUGAAUAAGAGGGAAUUUAAUCAGGCUGCUUCAGACCUACCAACCUAGGCAAAUUCAGAUUUUGCAGGCAAUUAUUCCUAUAUACAAAAACGACAACGUUUAGUUGUCUUUAACAAAAAUCUUUUUAUAUGCGCGGGUUGCGUUUUGAGAGAGAAAUAGCAUUUUUUUUUGUGCUCAGCUUGCCCCAGUAAUACAUCUGUAUAUCAUGUGCUCAUCAUAUUGAAAUGCAUUUCUAAACAAAGAGAAACUUUUUUUUUGUUGAAAAUGGAUCUUCUAUGUCACACAGUUCCGACAAAAUAUAACAAACGUGUGUGCAGGUGAAUGCGUACCACGUGCGCUCGUAUGAGUGAGAUAAAACACCAGAGGGCGAAGUGUGAGUCGGUGAUGAGAAGUGAAAUGCAAACCCGCACUAAGAACUCAGAGCUAGCGUCCGAGAACGGACAACGUCGUUCGGGAACGUAUGUAGCGGCCCUAGUCAGUUGGUAACUUAUAAGGGCGGCCCGAUUUCAAUAGUGGGUGGCCGUUCAACCGUGAUCGUAAACGUGGCUUAAUGGACCAUUUUCAUUUAAAAAAUCAUGUGACAAUAAAACUUGUCAGAGCAGAUUCUGAUUUGACUGAAUUCUUCUGAUUCUGAUUUGGUAUCUGGUAAUUGUUUGUAAUAUUGUUCAAUGCUGCAAGACAACAUUCGCGUGUGUUUCUAGGGGAGUUAGACGCGUAAGUUUCAAAUAAAGAUAAGUAACGAAUUCUAUUGAAUAAGGUUGUGAUUGUCGGAUUUUAAUUUUUUUUGUUCGUGUGGCAAUGAGGAUGAGUAUUGUUGAGGUGAUGUUUGAGCAUUUUUUGUAUUUAAGAUUUUUAUUUGAAACUUACAUUUAAACCUCUCAUCACUUUCGCAUUAGAUCGUAUUGAUUAUAAUGAUUUUGAUCGUGUUAUUUUUUUAAUGGAGCGUACCUAGAUAUUAUGCAUUCCCGAAGUUUAACUGAGCUGGUCUUAGUAUAUUUUGUGCUGCAAUGCCUUUUUUGGUUAGCAAAAAUUUUAAAAUAAUCGUGAAGCUUAAUGUAACCAAAUAGCAUGCGAAAUAACAGUUGUAACGUUAAAAUAUUUUUUUCGGCACUAGUGCUUCAAAACCAUAAUACUUCCUCGUGUAGAAUUCGCCUUUGAACCAGAGAGUGAAGUGUGGGUUUGCAUUUUCACUUCUCACCAUCGAAUCGAUUCGAAGCGUGACGCAGCGAACCAAUGACAUUGCAUUGUAGUUGUCGUUGCGUCACAUUGGCGCAAUGUGAUUGGUUCGCUGUGUCUCAUUUCGAAUCGAUUCGAUGGUGAGAAGUGAAAUGCUAUCCCGCACUUUGCCCACAGAUGUGAAGAUGUUUAAUACUCAUAAUAUGUAAUAGUUUAUGCCGUUGUUGACAAAUCAUUAUAUGGAGCUUACAUUAUUAAACAAAAUUAUAAAUGUCUCAGAUCAGAAAUGUGUGAAAGCUGUAUUUUUCAAUUUAUCUGUAGAUUGGACUAAUGAACAUCGUUUAUUUAACAGCAUAGUACUACAACUUGUCAACAUUUUCAGAACAGCCUGAACUGAAAAGUGGCGUACUACACUGUUAAAAUGAGCGAUGACUAAUUAUAACAUUGAAAGAGGAAACUAUUAAUUUCGUACAUAUUUUUAGUUCGUACCCAAAUGAGAUAGAAGUUCCCCGUACAUCUUCCCGGCUCAUCCAAAACGGCAUAUUGGGCGUUGUAAAACUGGGCUCACGGAAGAUAUUCUAUGCUCCGUUUAUGAAAAUAUAUGACGAAGUUUAUAGUUUUCUUUGUCUAUGAAAUAUUUCCUAUCCCAUACCCAGGCGAAGAUUACAGAUUGACAAGGAUAUUUGAACCGCUGAUGUUUGAAACUUUAAGUCAUCUAGAAAUGUCCUUCCUUAACUUUAUUCGAUAGCUCUUAGUGAGAAUUACAGUGUCUUAAUGUUGACUUUGGUAAAACCAUCGUUUAGCUAAAGAAUGGAGCCAUAAAAUUAAAAAGUAUAGUUCCCCCCCUCCACCGGGCCAAAUAUCCUUGCCAACAUUGAUGUAACUUUAAGUCUUUCAUCAAUAGUUUUUGUGCAUGCUUAUUUACAUUCCUGUAACGAACUAUGGGUUUCAUUGUGAAUUUUAGUUUCUUAUAAUGCGAGAUAAACAUUUUGUGUGUAACAUGUGAUAGUGUAUUCAUUUGUCCUCGAACUUGUGAAUUGACUAUGAGCGCUUCAUCAAGUUUGGGACAUAUUUUACAUACGAUGAUUUAAUUGUGUCGUGAAUAUUCUCUUUUUGCAAGUAUAUUGAAUAGCAGGUUUAUUUUGUAAGUACUUCAAUUACUGGAAGUUGAUAGUGAUUGAAUUUAAUAAAUUCGCCAAUUUAAACACCA